AUGAAUAACUUGCGAUUGCUUCCAUUCGUGAUCUGUUUGCUAUUUGUGAGUCCAGUGCAUUUGUAUCCACGGCCAAAUAAUGCAGCAGAUCAGUUGGCGGCGAAUAAACCGAGUGCACAAUUAGAAACCUUGAACUCGACAAUAGUCAGUGUCAAUGUGAAAAACGAGAUAGAGAAACCGGUAUUUAGAAGCACCGACGCAACCAAUGUAAAAAGUGUAAAAACUGUUACAGAUGUACCGAAAAGUGAAUCUUCGCCAUCAUCGGAGCAAGCUCGUCAAUAUACCAUACCAUUUAUGGCAGUGCCAGCAAAUUGGUUUGCAACUUUUCAGCCACAAAAUGCCAUAGUAAUCGCACAAAAAGUGCCGUUACGAAUUUGGGCUAUUGGUUCUGUAUCGCGAUUUCCAACAUUUUUAGAAAAUUUUGUGCAACGAAUUCAAUCGUAUUACUCAACAUAUAAAUAUCAUGAUCUUAGUCGACCGGCACCAUUAGCGAUAAUCAAUCCAACAUACCAUCUGCAUGAUACAAGCGGACCAGCUCAAACUGACCCAAUUGACCAUGAUCCGGUCGAAGAAGAAGACAUCACUGAUGCAUCCACCACUGACUUUUAUGACACCACAACCGAUUUGACUUACGACUACGACGAUAAUAAGAACACUGAAUCAACUGAAAAUGGCGACUUCAUUACUGUAUGAAAAAAA